ACAUGCAGCAUCGUGAUCCAUGGUUGGAUGAACAACUACACCUCGUUGGCGAUCCAGGGAGUCAAGGAAGCCUAUCUAUCCAAGGGCGAGUACAACAUCAUAGGAGUAGACUGGAACAAAGGAGCCGCCGAACCGUAUCUUCGGGCUUCUCAGUAUACCUUGGCCGUCGGUUAUGUCGUCGCCGAUCUGAUUCACCGUGUAGUCCGAUCCAAUAUGGCCACAAUGGAUCAAAUUCAUCUGAUUGGGCACAGUCUGGGCGCACACAUUGCUGGCUGUGCAGGAAAUUUGGUGAAUGUAGGAAAACUAAAAGUGAUUGUCGGACUUGAUCCAGCAUCGAUCAAUUUCUUCGAAGAUGAACCGGAUGUCCGGCUUAGUCCAGAUGACGCCGAGUAUGUGGAAGUCAUCCACACCAGCACGCAGUUUUCCGGUUAUCCCCAUCCAAUUGGGUUGGUUGAUUUUUACAUUAACUACGGCAAGAAACAACCGGGUUGUUUAACCGAAUCUUGUAGCCACGGGAGGUCUAUUGAGAUCUUCAUUGAAUCACUGUCGAAGGAAUGCAAAGGCUUUUGGGGUGCCCGCUGCGAUGACUAUAAUGAACUGAAGGCCAAGACAUGCUACAAUCUCAAACGGCAAGCUCUUCUCGGUGGUGACCCUCCCAGGUUGGAGAACGAGAAGGGUAUCUACGUGGUGGUCACAUCCGUGGACCCUCCGUUUGCUCUGGGGUAUAACUUUUGACCGAUAACCGCAAACUAUACUGAUUGAUCGAUGGGUAUAAAGAAAUAAAUCUUCAAAUUAAUAGAUACAUUUGUAUAAAUAUCACAAUCUGGAACUUCUUCGAAAUGUUUUCUUCCUUCAAUGAGU